AUGGCAUUAGUCAUGGAGUCUCGUCGCCUCCGUUUCGACGCGGAGGGACGCCCGAUAGCGUUUAGCACCUGGCAGCGCCAGACCACGCGCUUCCUCACCAGCCAGCGGCAGGACGGCGCCACUCUGUGGGCUCACGCGUCUGGUGCCCUACAGGCCCCCCCGUCCCCCGCCGCCCUGCCGACCGCCCCGGAGCCGACCCCUACGGCCCAGGCGGACUACGACCGUCGGGUCCUGGCCAGGGACGUGUGGCUCUCGCGUGACGCAGCCGCCGCUCUCACUCUGUCGGAGCUUCUCCCCCCGACUGAGGCCGCCCACUUUGACCAGGUGGAGACUGCACACGGGGUUUGGGAGGCUAUUGUUGCUCGCUACUCCACCCCCUCCUCUGCCUCCCUCAGUCGCCUCCUCAUGCCGUUUGUGUUUCCCGACCUAGGCUCGUUUGCGACUAUUUCCGACCUAGUGACUCACCUCCGCUCGCUUGACGCCGGUUUCCGCGCUGCCUGUACCGACGCACAGCUUCUUGUUGCUCCCCCCCCCAUGUGGCUCACUGUUCACUGGUUAGUCACCCGCCUCCCUGACCGCCUUGCCACUGCCCGCGACGCGCUUCUUCAGAAGCACCCCACUGAGCUCACUAUCGACCUCCUAGCGACUGCUCUAGGGACCAUCGAGAGCAGUCUCCUCACCGUUGCCUCCGCCACUGAUGCGGUGGCCCCCCGUCUCUUUGCGGGGUGUGCCGCCCCUCACCUUCCCACUUUCACCGCUACCCGCGCUUCUGCUGCUGUGUCGGUCUCUGAGGACACUGCUGCCGUUUCUGCCGCAGACUGGCAGAAACGGGGCAAGAGUGGCAAGAAGGGCGGGAAGGGGGGAGGUGGGGGCGGUGGAGGUGGCGGAGGAGGUGGCGGUGGAGGUGGGAGCGGCAGUGGUGGCGGAGGCGGCGGCGGCGGCGGCGGUGGUGCACCAGGGGGAGGGGGCCUUGGAGGAGGUGCAGGACAGACAGGCCCACCCACAGGUGGUGGCCCGACCGGUGGGGGCGUUGCCCCCCAGCAGCAGCAGCCACAGCAGCACCAGCCACAGCAGGGACAGCAGCAGCAGCUGGGACAGCAGCAGCAGCAGGCACCGCAGCAGUUCCAGCAGUGGGGGCCCCCGCUGCAGUGGGGUCCGCAGCAGCACUGGGGUCCCCCGCCGCAGUGGGGUCCGGGAGGCCCUGGGAGCACCGGCCGCAGCAGCAGCUCUUCCAGCUGGGCCCCUCGCCCCCCUCGCCGUGACGCUGGCCCCUGCACCCACUGGUGCGUCACCGGGCCGGGCAGCCCCUGUCUCUGUGGUCGCGACGACCACUCUGCCGCGCGGUGCUUCCGCCGCCUCGACGACCUCUACCGGGCUCGUUGGGGCCCUCUGGCGGUCACGCCUCGCUGGUCUCGUCUGUUAGCCCGUAAGAUUGAUGUCUUUGAUCUGUCCAUGGACGAUGCGCGUAAGCAUGCUUUGUAUGUUGAUGCUGACUUUAGUGCUGAUGGAUCUGUGUGCUCGCGUGUUCGUAGGUUAGCCUGCUUGCCUCCUGCUAGUGUAGCCUUGUGCCUGUCUAGCUUAGGUGCUUGUGUUGCUGCUCUAGGUGCUUGUAUAGCGACUGGGUCUGGUGACCCUCCGGCUGAGGCCUCUCUGUCGUUCACGCUGGACUCGGGCGCGUCUCAGUGCUUCUUCCGCGACCACACGACCCUUACGCCACUCCUCACACCUGUGUCGGUGGCUCUGGCUGAUCCUACCUCUGGACCAGCCGUUGCGCGUAGCUCCACCACCCUCCCGUGCCCUGUGGUCCCCUCUGGUGUCCUGUGCGGCCUCCACAUCCCCUCGUUCACUCGGAACUUGGUGGGUGUUGGAUACCUCCAGGACAGGGGGAUCACGGUUACCUUCGUGGGGGGUGGGUGGACUGCAGUCUGUACAGACGCUACCACAGGUGCUGUUCUGGCCACGUUCACCAGGGAGCCCCGCUCCGGUCUCUACGUCCUCCACACCGAGCGCUCCCCGGUCGCGUCCUCCCCUCAGGUCGUUGCGUCACCUCCGGCCCAGGUCCCCAGUCCAGUUGCUGUGUCUAGCCAGGUAGUAGUGUCCGGUCCGGUCGCUGUGUCCAGUCCAGUCGCUGCGUCUUGCUCCUGUCGCUCUCUCACCCACUGCACCGUCCUGUGGCACCACCGCCUUGGCCACCCGUCGCUCCCUCGCCUACGUGGCAUGCUCAGUCAGGGACUUGUCUCAGGUCUCCCACGCACCUUCCCGUCGCUCCCUCUCUCGCCUGCCCCUCCUUGCUCUCCGUGCGUCGCCGGUCGCUUACGCGCCACUCCCCACUCCUCCUCCCUUCGUCCGGCCACCGCUCCCUUCGAGACUCUCCACUUGGACGUCUGGGGCCCUGCCCCGACGCAGGGGUCUGGGAGGGAGCGUUACUUUCUGGUGGUCGUCGACGACUUCUCCAGGUACACCACAGUGUUCCCUCUUGCGAAGAAGUCCGAGGUGACUGCUACGCUGAUCAGGUGGCUUCUAGCCACUGAGGGCACUCGUGGUCGUCGAGUCAGUUGUCUCCACUCCGACCGUGGGGGCGAGUUUCGCUCCGGCAUUCUCGGCGGAUUCUGCGGCGAACAGGGCAUCACCCAGUCCUGGACGCUGCCAGAGUCCCCACAGCAGAAUGGGGUUGCUGAGCGCCGCAUAGGCUUGGUCAUGGACAUCGCCCGCACGUCCAUGAUCCAUGCCCGUGCGCCCCAUUUUCUGUGGCCCCACGCGGUUCGCUACGCCGCACACCAGCUGAACCUCCAGCCGCGUGUCUCGCGGCCCGAGGUUUCACCGACCCGUCUUUGGACUGGUUCCCCUGGUGUCGGGUCGGCCUUUCGAGUCUGGGGCUGCCUUGCACUUGUUCGCGACACCUCCGCGGACAAGCUCUCGGCACGCGCCGUCCCCUGUGUCUUCCUUGGUUUCCCAGUGGACUCUGCCGACUGGUCCUUUUACCACCCUCCCCUCCACCAGUUCCUCGACUCCCGUGACGUCCGGUUUGACGAGUCCGUGUCCUACUACACCCAGUACCCCUGUCGAGGUCUCCCGGUACCCCCUCCCCCUCUUUUCCUCGCACCCUCUCCUCCUCCUGCUCCCGCUCCUCCGGUACCCCCGCCCCCCCCUGGUCCUGCCCCGUCUGGUGUGUCCCACGUUACCCCUCUACCCUCGGUCGCGCGUCAGGUAGCGUCUCCCUCCCCGCAGUCCUCCUCACAGUCCCCUCAGCAGCCUUCGGCACUUCCGCGACAGGUUACUGUGGACUCGGUUGGUGUUGGAGCUGGAGGUGCAGCCACUGGCGGUGCUCGGUCUGGGGGUACUCGGUCGCGGGGUGCUGGAGCUGGAGGUGCUGGCGCAGGUGGCGCUAGCUCUGGGGGUGCUGGAGCUGGAGGUGCUGGCGCAGGUGGCGCUAGUUCUGGGGGUGCUGGAGCUGGAGGUGCUGGCACUGGUGGUGCUAGUUCUGGGGGUGCAGGAGCUGGAGGUGCUGGCACUGGCGGUGCUAGUUCUGGGGGUGCUGGAGUUGGAGGUCCGGGCACUGGAGGUGCUGGUUCUGGGGGUGCUGAGUCUGAGGAGUCUGACCCUGGUUCUGUGGAGUCCACUCCACCUCCCCACCGCCACGACACACGACUCCAGGCUGCCCGCCGGCGUGAGCGUGAGGAGCAGGAGCGGUUGGAGAGGGAGCGGCAGGAGCUGCGGGUACUGGACCUUCUGGAGCAGCAGCGGCAGCAGCAGCAGCAGCAGCAGCAGCAGCAGCAGCAGCAGCAGCAGCAGCAGCAGCAGCAGCAGCAGCAGCAGCAGCAGCAGCAGCCGCAGCAGCAGCCGCAGCAGCAGCAGCCGCAGCCGCAGCCCCCGCCGCAGCAGCAGCAGCCGCAGCCGCCACCGCAGCUUCCUCUGGAGCGGCGCCCUCCCCACUCCUAUCACUGA